AUGAAGAAGCUGCGUACCCUUAGUAUUUUCUUUUGGCUCCUGAAGUUUUCUCUCAUCUUGUUCCAUUUCCAUGUAUCUGAACCCAUUUGCUUUUGGAGGAUAAAGAAUAAUGAAGAAAAUGAUGGAGACUUGAGAAGUGACUGUAAUUUUUUCCUUUGGACAUUCGAGGAAAUUAAAGAAACCAAUUCUUAUGAUAUUGUUGAUUUUAGAAUACCUGCAAGAAGACAUGAGUUUUUUGUGGUAUUGUUUUUUGCUACUGAUGAAAUCAACAAGAAUCCUUAUCUUUUACCCAACAUGUCUUUGAUAGUCUUGCUUUUUGCUGGUCAGUGUGAAGAUGAAUGGGGAGUUCUGGAUAAAAAUUAUUCACAAAAAAGUAUUGAACUGAAAUUUAUUAAUUAUGGCUGUUUAUCACCAGCCUGUUACAUAGACCUUAUAGGACCAACAUGGAAAACAUCGUUAAAACUAUCAAUUCAGUCUAGGACACCAAAGGUUUUCUUUGGACCAUUUAAUCCUAACCUGAGUGACCAUGACCAGUUUCCCUAUGUCCAUCAGGUAACCACCAAGGACACACACUUGUCCCAUGCCAUGGUCGCCUUGAUGCUUCAUUUUAGAUGGACUUGGAUAGGAUUGGUCAUCUCAGAUGAUGACCAAGGUAUUCAGUUUCUAUCAGACUUGAGAGAAGAAAUGCAAAGACAGGGAAUCUGUUUAGCUUUUGUUAAUAUGAUCCCAGAAAACGUGCAGUUAUACAUGACAAGGGCUACGACAUAUGACAUACAAAUUAUGGAAUCAACAGCAAAGGUUGUUAUCAUUUAUGGUGAAAUGAACUCUACNCUAGAAGUCAGCUUUAGAAGGUGGGAAGAUUUAGGUGUAAGGAGAAUCUGGAUCACAACCUCACAAUGGGACGUUAUCACAAAUAAAAAUGAUUUUAGCCUUGAUUUCUUUCACGGGACUGUCACNUUUGAACACCACCACAGUGAUGCUAAAUUUAAGAAUUUUAUGCAAACAAUGAACACUGACGAAUACCCAGUAAACCUUUCUCAGUCUAUACCGGAGUGGAAUUACUUUAAUUGUUCAACCUCAAUGAACAGCUAUAGCAAAAUGGAUCAUUUUACAUUCAACACUACAUUGGAAUAGACAGCACUGCACAAUUUUAACAUGGCCCUAAGUGAGGAAGGCUACAAUUUGUAUAAUGCUGUGUAUGCUGUGGCCCACACCUACCAUGAACUCAUUCUUCAACAAAUGGAAUCUCAGCAAAUGGCAGUACCCAAAGGAAUGUUCACUGACUGUCAGCAGGUGUCUUCCAUGCUGAAAUCCAGGAUAUUUACUAACCCUGUUGGAGAACUGGUGAACAUGAAGCAUAGGGAAAAUCAGUGUGCAGAUUAUGACAUUUUCAUCAUUUGGAAUUUUCCACAAGGCCUUGGAUUAAAAGUGAAAAUAGGAAGCUAUUUGCANUGUUNCCCACNGAGCCAGCAACUUCAUAUAUCUGAAGAUUUGGACUGGGCCACAGGAGGAACAUCAGUUCCCUCCUCCAUGUGUAGUGUGACUUGUACUGCUGGAUUCAGGAAAAUUCAUCAGAAUGAAACAUCAGACUGCUGCUUUGAUUGUGACCAGUGCCCAGAAAAUGAGGUUUCCAAUGAAACAGCAGAUAUGGAACAGUGUGUGAGGUGUCCAGAUGAUAAGUAUGCCAACUUAGAGAAAACCCACUGCCUCCAAAGAGCUGUGUCAUUCCUGGCUUAUGAAGAUCCAUUGGGGAUGGCUUUAGGGUGCAUGUCCCUGUUCCUCUCUGCCCUCACAGUUCUAAUACUAGUCACUUUUGUGAAGUACAAGGAUACUCCCAUUGUGAAGGCCAAUAACCGCAUUCUCAGCUACAUCCUGCUCAUUUCUCUAGUCUUCUGUUUUCUCUGCUCUUUGCUCUUCAUUGGACAUCCCAAUCAGGCCACCUGCAUCCUGCAGCAGACCACAUUUGCAGUAUUUUUCACAGUGGCUAUUUCUACAGUGUUGGCUAAAACAAUAACUGUGCUCAUGGCUUUCAAGCUCACUACUCCAGGGNGAAGNAUGAGAGGGAUNCUGGCAUCAGGGGCANCUAACUUGNUCAUUCCNAUUUGUACCCUAAUCCAACUUGUUCUCUAUGGAAUCUGGUUGGUAACAUCUCCUCCUUUUAUUGACAGAGAUACACAAUCUGAAUAUGGAAAGACCAUCAUUAUUUGCAACAAAGGCUCAGUCAUUGCCUUCCACUUUGUUCUGGGGUACUUGGGUGUCUUGGCUUUGGUGAGCUUCAAAGUGGCUUUUUUGGCUAGGAACCUUCCUGACAGAUUCAAUGAAGCCAAAUUCCUAACAUUCAGCAUGCUGGUGUUCUGCAGUGUCUGGAUCACCUUCCUCACUGUCUACCACAGCACCAGGGGAACGGUCAUGGUUGUUGUGGAGGUUUUCUCCAUCUUGGCUUCUAGUGCAGGCUUGCUAGGGUGCAUCUUUCUCCCAAAAUGUUGUGUUCUCUUAGUUAGACUAGAUUCAAAUUUUCUGCAGAAGUACAAACAUAAAUUGCCUUCUUGA